CCGCCGCUGGCCGCGCCCCGGCCCGAGCCCGCGCGGGGCCCUGGUGCACAUUCCAUACCUCCAAUACCUCCGUACUGCCACACCACCGGCCGCUGGCCGCCGCGGCGGGCCGCCGUGGCACAUGCCGCCCCGCACGGUCGCCCGCCUCGGGCGGCUGCUGGCCGCCCUGCCUGCGGCGGCCGCGCUGCGGUUCGGGCUGCCGAAGGCGAAGGGCGGCGGUGUCGCGGGCCCGGGCGGCGUCCACUGGACGCGCCCGAAGACGACGUCGGUGACUGGCGAGAGGUCCAGAGAGGUCAGCCUGCUGGCGGGGCUCGAGAGCAGCUACGCCAGCUCGGACGCCGCCGCGGACGCGCUGCACCAGGAGCAGUUCAAGGUGAGCCUGACGUGGUACGAGGCCGAUGUCGCGACCUUGAUGCAGCCGUGGCGCAAGCCGAAGAGGGCCAAGGCGCGCUCAGGCUCUGGUUAUCUUUUCUUCGACACGGACCCCGGUGGCUUCAACAACAUCCGUAUGGCGUUUGAGUAUUUCAUCGACGUCGCGAAGCGCUCCAAUCGCACGCUGGUGCUCCCGCCGCCGGAGGGGUGGUACCUUGUGGACUGGGGUCCCACGCAGUCGCAUGCUAGCAACUACGAGGGCAAGCACUGGAUCAAGGGGGGCGGCCGUUCCUCGUACGCCGACUUCUGGGACAUCGAGUCGCUUCGAUCCGAGGUGGACGUCAUCACCGCGCAGGAGUUCUACGACCUCGAGCGCGAUAGGCUCAAGAUACCAGAGGACGCCGAGCCGGCCAGGCAGUCCAACAAUCAGCCCGACCCCAACCGCUGGAAGCUGUGGCUGAGCCACGGGGCCAAGCUGGCCAGGGACCCUUCGGUCGCGCCUGGGCCGGGAACUAGGGUGCUGGGCAAGCAGAUGGACAAGGUUUGCAGGACUCCCUACGACGUAGCCGCGAGCGAUGCGGUACUGGUGAACAUUCCGGCGUACAUCUUCGACGACGACGUGAGACUCCAUCGGGUCGUGAGGAAGGAUGCCACGGAGCUCCGGUACCUCAUGUGCCAGCCGACAGAUGGCUUCCGGCAGCUGCCCCUGCACUACCGGGCAACCUUCUACAACAUGGCCGCCGGCCCGAUCAGCACCCUGGGCCUCCAGAACUACCUGGCACUGCACCUCCGGCGGAAUGACUUCCAGUUCCAGCAGGCGCCCGAGGAUCCCACGGCGCUGGUCGAGCAGAUUCACAAGGAGGCGCUGCCGCAGGACCGUGU